AUGUUGGGCGGGUCCAUAUCAAAUCCACUCUAUUUCUUCUCUUCAACUAGUAUAACGUCUUCUGUAACAGACACCACUGUCAGACUUACAGAUGUUAUGGACUUUUUCUUCAUCGCUCAUCCUCUUUCCGGACGGAAAGAAGGAGAAGAAGAGAAAAGGAUAAUGUAUUUCUCACCAAAGUUCGACUCUGUUGAUCGUCAAACAGAAGUUACUGGUUUCGCUGAGGCUAUAGUCAAUUUCACAAAUAACUUUGUUGAUCCAAAAGGAAAGAGUCGUAAAACAGAGUUUCCGUUCAGAACUGUGAGCACAAAGAAAACAGAUCAAGUCUAUAUUCAAGUAGAAAACGAGGAGUUCUUGAUAGGAGUCUCAUUAUUGAAGUCACAAUGUGAAACAUUCGAGCUUUACGUUUUUCCUCCUGCUAUAAUAACAGUUCUAUCGAAUUGUUAUAAAAUGUUCCGUUUAUUUUUUGGAGAGUUCAGUCCCUUCCGAAACAAAAAUGAGGAAAAGUUCAAAGAGAGGUUAGAUUACUUCUUCAGUAGAUUUCUUCCACAGCUUCGUCUUCAUAAAGUACAACUGUUAGAUUAUAUGGAUGGGGCUGCAUUCCUACCUCUGCCCGGUCCGCGUUACCUUUCCACUGUUACUUUGGCCUCGGAGAUAAAAGAAGAAUUCCCAGUUGUCGAAAAAAUUUUGAUGCUGUAUCAGAAUAAGUUGCUCUAUUAUACUGUUUCUACGAAAGAUUUGCCUUCGAUUUUCCGUUACCUUUCUGAUAGUUUACUACCAUCUUCCAUAGGAUCUGAGUUGGACCCAACACGUUUUAGAUCACCAAUUAAUGGUCGUUUUCUGAGAGGACCUUCUGACUUGCAUUCUGACGGACCUCUAGAAGGAGAGGAUGUUUUACCUACAGUUCAUUUGCAUUCCCCACAAGGAGACGAUGAAGAAGAAGUGUUGUUGCCAUAUCAAAUGAUAGUUUAUCGUUGUAUGAACGCUACUGUUUGCAUGUUUGUGAGGGCUGAUAUGACUAGAAAAUCCUUGAGAAAUCUGGACGCUUUCUUGUCUACGGAGUUAACAACACUAGCAUCUGAAAUAAGCGAAAGCCUCGACGAUCCCAAAAAACUUAAUGAAGCAGAAGACUUCCACUACAUUUAUUACAAUCCUUCCUCCCUCUCACUGACUUCUUCUUUCGAUUCUGGACCGGGUCCGGCUACUCCACCCAUGGAUGUGAAUAGACUUGUUUGUGAAACAAUGGAGAAGUAUAUCUCAAAAGACGAAGAUUUCGGAGAAGCUUAUGUGAAAUCCGAUUCGAACUGGUGGAUUUUACUUAAAAAGAUGAAUUCAAGAAUCCUCUGUCUGAUUUUGCCUCCGGAUACUCCACAUUCUCAAUCAUUGGCUGAAGCUCAACUGCGAACCGAUAGUAUAAUAAGAACGCACUUCGAAGCCAUAUUUUUCCACUGA